AUGAGCCAGUGUAUGGAAACAUGGAAACAAUUACUUCAGAAAAGUUUUUCCGGAAAUGACACAUUUUUGAUGUGUAAAUCUCCAUGUGAAGAGCAGCUGGAAGAGUUUUGGUCUCUUGUUGAGGAGCAGCACGUGAUCACCGUCAUAAUGCUUACCACUACUUCCAACCUAGCAUACCAGAAUUGUGUGUACAUGGGCGGAAAUGGAGAUGGGAAAGUUGGAAGAUAUUCCGUUAACUUCAUACAAGAACGGAAGAACAAAACAUUUAACGAAAGGAGCUUUUCGUUUCGGGACGAGAAGAAUGAGGUGGACGAAGAAUAUCUGACAACAAUAAAACAGUUUCAAAUCGGCGGUUGGACUGAAAACGAUCCACUCCCGCCAAUACAAAACAUGUUGGACUGCCUCGAUGCUGUCAGAAAGUGGCAGCCGCACCUAGCCGAAAACAGACCUGUUUUGAUUCACUGCGAGACGGGGCAUGAGCGGAGUGGAUUGAUCACAGUACUUUUGAAUGAGCUUUACCGCAUGGAAAAGACACGAGGUCAGAUAAACAUCGUGGAAACUGUGAAGACAAUGAAACAGAGAAACAGGGACAUCAUACCUAACACUGUCCAGUACAAAUUCAUUUACGAUUCAAUUUUGGAACAUGCCAGGAACAUAACGGACUAUGAGAACAUUUAA